CGAGGUCAGCUGACAUGUUCUCUUUUUUUAAACCGCAUAAGAAAAUUAGGAAGUAUCAAGUGUAGCGGACUCUUUACUCUUUUUCUGUUUUCAUUUAGAGUCUGCUGCUGGAAUUGAGCAGCUUUUCAAGACUAUGUGGUCAAAUGCGGCACUCACACAUGCUGCCUUUGGAUUGACUGAUAAAGGAAACUUAACUUCCCUUUGCCCAAAUGGGUCUGUCUGGGUUUGGGAAGGUCUGGGAGAAUGUGCCCAGGAUGCCAGGGAUAUGGCCAGUGUUUACCUAGGCCUCUUUUCCAUCCUCUGCUUCAUGAUGUCCUCACUACCACAGUACUACAGCUCUUGUAAAAAUGGGAAUAUGGACAGUGCUCUCUCUAUUUGGUUCCUGUUACUGUGGUUGGGAGGUGACACCUGUAAUCUUGUGGGCUCUUUCUUAGCAGACCAGCUUCCUCUUCAGACAUACACUGCAGUGUAUUAUGUUGUUGCUGACUUACUGAUGCUGGCCUUGUAUUUUUACUACAAGAUAAGGAACAACGUGGCUGAAAGCAGGAGGGUUUUGCACGUGUUAGGUGUCGCCUGUGUCCUGGGAGUCACAACAAACAUUGUCCACACUUCAGGGUUUGGCACUCAAGAGGAAGUGGUAACUUCUGGGUUCAGGGGUCGUGCCUUGCUCUCCACUGACGACAUCAGCACAGUUAAGGCCUUCAGCUCUAAAGAGAUCAUUGGCUUCGCCAUCGGCUCAAUAUCGUCCCUUCUCUACCUGUGCUCCCGGCUUCCACAGAUGUACACUAAUGUGAGUAUGACCAUCUGAUACAAACACAACAUUAGUUUAUGAUUUUUCUAAAUAUUUCCAAAUGAAAUUUCACAGAUAUUGUUAUCUUUAGCUGAUGUGCAUCUUUCUAAAUAGCUACUACUGAAGCACUGUCUGAUACUGAUAAACAUGUCCAAAGAGCAGCGCUGAUGUGAGGUGGCUCAAUGUAGAAACGUUGCGUUCUAAGUCCUGAAGAGAGAUAGAGUGAUGCUAAUGCUAAUGCUAGAUGUUUCUGAAAGUUCAUUUCUUGUGUUGAUUUGAAAAAAAACCCCUGUCUGAUAAAACAAGUCAGAAGUAGAAUAAA